CUGGGCAUUGCACGGAAGAAGAAGAUCGCUAUAGGUGUCAUUUUCUCUUUGUCAUCUGAUGAGGAGGAAAAUGAAAAAUUUCAUGAGUUUUUCUUUUCUCACUUUCCUCUCUUUGAGAGUCACAUGAACAAGUUGAAGAGCGCCAUAGAGCAGGCAAUGAAAAUGAGCCGCAGAUCCGCAGAUGCCAGCCAGAGAAGCUUGGCUUACAAUAAGAUUGUGGAGGCCUUGAAUGAAUUUCGGACUACGAUCUGUAAUUUGUACACUAUGCCCAGAAUAUCUGAACCUGUCUGGCUAACAAUGAUGUCUGGAUCACCAGAGAAAAAUCACCUUUGUCAGCGAUUUAUGAAAGAGUUUGCUUUCCUCAUGGAAUACACUUCAAAAAAUCAGUUCCUUCCAGCACUCCUUACAGCUGUCCUCACAAAUCAUCUUGCCUGGGUACCAACAGUCAUGCCCAAUGGACAGCCACCAAUUAAAAUCUUCCUAGAAAAGCACUCAUCACAGAGUGUGAAUAUGUUGGCAAAGACCCACCCAUACAACCCUCUUUGGGCACAGCUAGGAGAUUUAUAUGGAGCUAUUGGGUCACCAGUGCGAUUAGCAAGAACAGUUGUCGUUGGGAAAAGGCAAGAUCUUGUGCAAAGGCUACUUUAUUUCCUCACCUACUUUAUAAGGUGCUCAGAACUUCAAGAGACCCACCUCCUGGAGAAUGGUGAGGAUGAAGCCAUUGUAAUGCCUGGUACAGUGAUCACUACAAUGCUGCAGAAGGGUGAAGUGGAGGAGUCAGACUAUGUGUUAAUCACAAUGCACAAGAAUAAAGGUUGCCUAAUAAACAACGAUUCAGAUGAAACAAGGGCCUCUGAAAAUAAAUGUUGCUGCUGCCAGUGUCCCAUUUCUGACCAGAAGAAAUCACAAGAGGAAAAGGAGGACCCUCCAAGGCCAGUGAAAGAGUCAUUGGAGGCAAGUACGAAUGGAAGUCAGGUUUUGACCCAGGUGUCCAGCCAGGAAGUAGCUGGUUAUACUGAAGUCUACAAAGACAAAUCAAGAACUUGCCCGGAAACAAAAAUUGAGACUGUCAUUAACAUUCGGGCAGCUCCAGUAGAGAAAUGCCCCUUAGCAGUUGGAUGCCUGGAGCCAUCAGUUCAAGUGGUGGAAAAUGAAAACUUGCAAGAGGAAAGUUUAGCAGUAAAAGGUAUGAGAACUAAUGAAAUCUGUAUAGAGAAAAAACCUCCAGAUAAGAUCCCAACUGCAGCAAUGCCUUGUGGUGCUGGUCAACUUCUGAACAAGGUGAAGUUUCAGAUUGGUGAUUCUAUGUCACCAGACUCUGAUAUAGAGAUAAAAAGCCAAAAUGUAGUGGAUCAGAUUCAGAAGCACCAUCUGAAACCGGUGCAGGAACAGAGGACAAAUGCUUCUGAUUUUAUCACUGUAGCGAAACAGAAUGCUGAGGACCAAAAAAGUAGUGUGUCAUGUGAGAAGCUUUCCAGGGUGGCAAGCAAGCUUCAAAACUGGAAUCCUUUUCAUCAAGAGAACAUUAGCAUGUUUGAUGAGUACUUUCCAGAAGAUGGUUCUAUUGAGGUAAAGAUCCUUGAUGAUAUUCCAGAGGCAAAACAAAAGGAUACAGGGUGCUCACAAAGACGGUGUGAAACAGAUAAAGCACCUAGUAAUGUAAAAACCUCUGUUCUUCCAAACUUAUGCAAAAACUGCUGUACUGAACAGGACCAAAGAGACAAAGUCUCUGUAUCUGUCCCCCAUGGGGAUAAAGAGAAACCUGAGAAUAAGGUUGUGCUGGGCACUGACUGGGACAUUCCGAGGAACGAGAGUUCAGAUAGUGCCCUUGGUGACAGCGAGAGUGAGGACACGGGUCACGAGCUUCAUGCACCAAGUAUUGGCUACUAUGGGGCUGAACAAGUAGACUGGAUGGAAGAAGAGGAGAUUUCUUUCCCAGGGUCAAAGCUGGUGGAAGUCAAUUCUGUGAAGCCUAACAUCGCCAACUUUGGAAGAUCCUUACUGGCAGGCUACUGUCCGUUUUACGUACCAGACUUUGUUCUGCAAGGAAUAGCAAGUGAGGAGAAAUUGAGGCAGUGCCUAAUGUCAGAUCUGUCACAUGCUGUACAGCAUCCAGUUUUGGAUGAGCCCAUUGCAGAGGCUGUCUGCAUUAUCGCAGACGUAGACAAGUGGUCUGUACAAGUUGCCAGUAGCCAGAGAAGGACAACAGAUAAUAAGCUAGGCAAGGAGGUGCUGGUAUCCAGCCUGGUCUCUGGCCUGCUUCAUUCCACCUUGCAGCUUUACAAACACAAUCUGUCAGCAAACUUUUGUAUCAUGCAUCUAGAGGACAGGCUACAGGAGCUUUACUUCAAGAGUCGAAUGUUGUCUGAAUACCUGAAAGGACAAACUAGAGUCCACGUGAAGGAGUUAAGCAUGGUGCUAGGAAUUGAAUCAAGCGAUCUUCCCUUGCUUGCCGCUAUUGCCAGCACCCACUCUCCAUAUGUUGCUCAGAUCCUUCUGUAA